AUGGCGGGCAACGAAUUCGACGAUGUCCUCACAAACCAGCCCGUCGUCAUCGACAACGGAUCCGGCUCCAUCAAAGCCGGCUUUGCAGGUCAGGACGCUCCCAAAUGCUUCUUCCCCAGCUUCGUCGGUCGACCCAAACAUCCACGCGUCAUGGCCGGCGCCAUCGAAGGGGACCUCUUCAUCGGUCGCAAAGCCCAAGAGCUUCGUGGUCUUCUCAAGAUCAAAUACCCUAUGGAGCACGGAAUCGUCACCGAUUGGGAGGAUAUGGAACGCAUCUGGAACCACGUCUACAGCGAUGAACUCGAGACGCUGUCGGAGGAACACCCCGUGCUGCUGACCGAGGCACCGUUGAAUCCGCGCAGCAAUCGUGACAUGGCUGCACAGAUCUUCUUUGAGACGUUCAACGUCCCAGCGCUGUUCACUUCGAUCCAGGCGGUGUUGAGUCUGUACUCCUCAGGUAGGACGACGGGGAUAGUGUUGGAUUCGGGCGAUGGCGUUACGCACGCGGUGCCGGUGUACGAAGGCUUCUCCAUGCCCAACGCGAUACGCAGGGUAGACGUCGCUGGGCGCGAUGUCACCGAGAACCUCCAAACACACCUUCGCAAAGCAGGCUACCACCUCCACACCAGCGCCGAAAAGGAACUCGUCAGGAUGAUCAAAGAGAAAACCUGCUACGUAGCCCUCAACCCCACCAAGGAGGAAAAAGACACCCCGCAACACGAAGAGUUCAAACUUCCCGACGGAAACACCAUCCGUCUAGGUGCCGAACGCUUCCGUGCACCCGAGAUCCUCUUCAACCCCGAACUGAUCGGUCACGAGUUCCCCGGCAUCCACCAAGUCAUCGUCGAUUCCAUCAACAGAACCGAUCUCGACCUCCGCAAAAACCUCUUCAGCAAUAUCGUCCUCAGCGGUGGAACGACCCUGACGAAGGGUUUCGGCGAUAGGAUGUUGGCAGAGGUCAAGAGGUUGGCGGUGAGGGAGAUGAAGAUCAAGAUCUUUGCUCCGCCGGAGAGGAAGUACGCGACGUGGAUUGGGGGCAGCAUCUUGGCGGGGUUGAGUACGUUCAAGAGGAUGUGGGUUAGUGCCGAGGAGUAUAAUGAGGAUCCGGAUGUGAUUCAUAAGAAGGUAAGUGCGAGUGCGCGGAUGGACACGGAUCUUGGUAUUGAUGACGAGCAAAGGUUUACUGACGUUCUCGCUUUCUGUUUCUUUGGCUUGACAGACAUUCUGAUUCAUCGAUCUUUGAGAGGCUUGCUUGCUCCGAAUGCAAUGUCACCGAUACCCUGCUUUGCAACACCCACCGCCUUUCUACAAACGUCACGAACGGAGUGCCAGCCGAAAUCCUUGUGUGACAGUGAAGCUCAUCUCCUGACAAGACGCUCAGCGCUUCUCGCCCGGCAGAAACGCAUCUUGUUCUCCGUGGAGGUUUCGCAAACCCGCCUUGAGGAUAACGCGCACUGGAUCAGGGCAACAGAACAGGAGAGAGAAGGGGCAGGGUCAGUCUGGCGCUCGCUACCAUCGUAUCGCAUUGCUUGUGAGCGCAAGCUGUGUCACUCACUUCGUUGCAUGACGGUGUUCCAAGCGCGAUUGGUGGCCUCCUUGACUGGGUGA